UCAAGCCGCUGUGUGCUCCAGACCUCAAGUGAGUUCAGAAAGGCAAAUUGAAGUUUUACAUCCGUACUUCCAGGACCAGAAGUACCAUGACAAUUCAAAGAAAAUUUCUCCCAGAAAAGAGUGUCCACUCUGUGGCAAAAUAUUUACUACGAAUGUGUCCGGUUUCAAGAGACACAUGUACAAGUGCCAUGGAACCAGGACGCCAGCACACAUCCUGUCAUACACAACAGAUAGGGGGAAGGCCGUUUGCCUGCACAGAGUGUGGGAAAGCGUUCAAGCGCUCCUCCACCCUUUCUACUCAUCUGCUCAUCCAUUCUGACACCCGGCCGUAUGCAUGCCAGUACUGCAGCAAACGGUUCCACCAGAAGUCGGACAUGAAGAAACACACCUUUAUACACACUGGCGAGAAGCCCCACGUGUGUCACGUAUGCGGUAAAGGCUUCAGCCAGAGCUCCAACCUCAUCACCCACAGCCGCAAGCACAAAGGCGACUGGCCCCACCGCUGCCCUCGCUGCCUCUACAGCUUCCAGGACCGACGGAACUUGUGGCAGCACCAGUGUGCCCGCCGCUAACACAAGGCGAGAAGCCCCACCUGUGUCACAUAUGCGGGAAAGCCAGAACUCCAACCUCAUCACCCACAGCCGCACCAGUGCCUUCGCUGCCUCUACAGCUUCCAGGACCAAUUGGACUUAUGGUAGCACCAGUGUUUCCACCCCUAACACAUGCAGGUGGGCACCUUGUUCAGAGACAUACAGUAGCGGACUAUAUAGCUCCCUUUCAGACAAAUAGUGGACUAUUUGCUCGACUUUGAACAUACAGUAUAGCAACCAGAAAGCUGCCAAAAAGGGUUGCGGUAGCAGAAAUCAAUCAUUUGGUAGCACUUUGAAUUAGGGAUGUGCCGAUCAAAUGGCCACAGAUCUGUAUCAGAUGAUAUUCUCGAAAAUGUUUGUGAUUGCCUUUGCUGAUUAAUACCUUUUUUAUGCAAAUCACAAACGCAGAACCUUUGGUAUCGGUCGAUCUCACCCAUAGGUGAUUGGUAUCUGAAUUGGCAACAUAAAAUCCCAGAUUAGAACAGCCCUACUUUGAAACCUUUGCAAAAGUCACAAAUUUUCCCACCCUUCAUAAUCGUUUUAGCACACCCAGUCUGUUAGUCAUCCUCCAUACACCGGGAAGUCGCCUGCUGCCUAACAAACACAAAUAUAUAUUUUAUUCACACAUUUCGGUUUAUGAUUCAGUCUAAGGAAGAUGUGAAUCUAGGCAAGGCGUACAAGGUUAAAGUAUUAUUAUAUUUUAUAAUACACACAACAAUAAAUAACGUCUUGAUAUUUUUCAACAAAGCCUUAUGUUUUUUCUUUUCUUCUUUUCAUAAGGCAAUUCUCUUUGAUAAAUUACAGACUAUAAGCCUUUAUUUUUUUCCUACACUUUGAACCCUGCGACUUACAAGACUGUGCAGCUAAUGUAUGGAUUUUUUUUUUGCUGAUAGCCGUAUUAAAAAAGUAAAAAAUAAAAAAAAGGAAAUGCAAGGACACUGUGUUUUACUGUUUGUGCUAUGGCACCACCUUUUGGACGAGUUUGCUCACUGCAGGUGACUAAAACUUCAUAUUUACUAAACCGUCCCAUGUGUGAUGUCUGUAGGAGUGUUUUCAUGCAUACACGUGCUAUUGCAAUGUAAUAAAGCUAGCGUUGUUAGCAUUAGCUAAUAUGACAACACGUUUACGAGUUUCUUUGUUAGAAUUAUUACCUUACAAUGGCAUCCUUUAUUGAUUGUAUUAGUUUCACAAAUUUUCAGUAAAUUCAUCAAAACGUCACCGUCUUGAGCUAAUUGGAGAGCUAGCUUCUGCAGCUAGUGGGUCCAUGACGAUGACUUCUGUUUUGUUUGAUCAACCGUUUUACUGCCGUGUUACAGAGAUUGUUUAGAAAUGUAAAUAAACAUUUACAGAAUAUUUCUAUGUAAAUAACUUAUUUCACCAUGUAUAAAAAC